UGGAUUGCUCGCCAGAAACCCAACCAGGCGGGCAGACUGUUGUUACCAUGCAACAAGCAGACGCUUGUGAAAAGUAGGCCUACUAGCGACAAAAUUGGCAAGCUAGUAAAUUGCCUGCUGCUAACCAUCUUUCUGCUAGAUACAUAGCGCGCGUGUGUAUGUUGCUAGUUAAGCUAACGUUAGCUUCCUAUUUAGCUAAGAAUACUAUUUAUUAAGCCACCAACUGCAGCAUAGCUAGCUAACCUAGCUAGCAAGCAUCAAGAAAUAAGUUCCCAACGUAACAACAUGGCAGACGGCUGGAGCACCGACACGGGAGAAGCUGUCUAUCGUUCCAGGGACGCUGUCAAAAACCUUAAAAUUAAGAUCCGUAUUCAGAGAGUCACCUCCACAGCAGCCCUCUCCCAACACCUUCAGCAGCAGGUUUUGACUCAACAGGAGAGGGGAGGCAUUGAGCUGGACACCCUCAACUCACCGACUCAAUCAGCCGGAGAUAAUGAGGAGGAGUUAGUGGUAGGCUGGCAGGAGAAGCUGUUCAGUCAGUAUGAAGUGGUUUUGUUUCAGAGUGAGUCAGUAUGCCAGACUCCACUGGAGAGACAAUACCACACAGAGAUCAUGGCUCUGGAGCGGACCAGGGGCAGACGGAACCGCAGGAUUUUUACCUACACCGAUUUUGACCGCUUCACCAAUUGGGAAGGGCAUUCCCAGAGUAUGGUGACGCAGGUCAAGUCCAAUCCUACCUUCCUGGCAGAAAGGAUGGCCAACGUCAGACAUAGACGCCAGGACAGACGCCCAGUUGACAGCACCGUCACCAAGUCCAGGCUGAUUACCUGGGAGCCCUCGGAGGACUUUAUGAAGACCAGCCACGUGGUCAACACACCUGUACAGACCAUGCACAUCAUGGGGGACCUGGGACCACCGGGCAAACUUGGCCAAAAGGAGAAGGAAUGCUUGUUGUGUACGAUAAGAGCAGAUGGAAAUGGAGUGGUUACCAUCAAACCAGACUUCAACAAAGCCAAGGAGCCCUACAGAGUUGAGACGGAGGGGGAGAAGAGGGAAGUGUGGCGUCUAACCCUAGAGAACGUGUCAGAAGGCAUCAGACCAGAGGAGAAGGAACGGGAACAGCGCAUGUAUAAAGACCUUUAUGUACGUCAUAAAGACUACCUCAACAGCUUGGUUGGCCAGGACUUUGAAAUGCCACCCCCUGGAAUUCUGCGUCUGUUGGUGAAUGGAGAAAUAGACUCAGCCAAAGGCUUUGAAUAUGACAACUUAUACGUCCACUUUUUUCUGGAGCUGCCCCACAAUUGGUCCACUCUGCCAUUCCACUCUCUCUCUGGCGUGACUCAGACAUGUCGCACAAAGACCAUAGGAAAGGACGACGUGGCUUUCUUCAGCUACCCUUUCAGCUUUGAGGCAUUCUUCAGGAGAGAGGAUGAGACAGAGGAAUCCCUCCCCCAAUGGCCAGUUCUGUACUUCAAAGUCCUCUCCCUGGACUUCUGGCAGCGCUACAGAAAUGAAGGCUAUGGCUACCUGGUCCUUCCUUCCACCCCUGGGAAGCAUACAAUAACAUGUCAUACGUGGAGACCACUCCAGACGGGAACAGUGUCAGAACUGAGACGCUUCUUCAUUGGUGGAUCCCCUGAGCUGGAGGACUACAGUUACGUCAGAGUCCCAGGAACCUUCAAGGGAGAGAGGCUGAGUCGCUUUGGCUUCCGCACACAGACCACAGGCAGCGUCACCUUCAACCUCCAUUGUAUCCAGCACGCCAGGGCAUUUGUUGAUGCCAGCACCUUGAAGAAGAGGAGGCAGAGUGUUCUGGACCAGCUGGGAGGCUUCAGUCAGCAAGGUUCUGUGUAUAAUGUCCUGGAGGCAUUCCAGAGGGCCAGGAGACGGAUGCAGGAGGCCAGAGAGAGUCUUCCCAGAGAUCUCAUAAACACUACAGCCCAACAAAACUCUGAGUCCACUGCAUAGACACGUACAUAGUUUACAUACAGUAGGCAGCACAGCGUUCACCUGUGAGAAAAUGCUGGGGAAAUUCCAUCUCCCUGUUCAACAGCCAUCUGUUUAUGGUCUGUAAUUAUUACUAUGCAUGUACACCUGUAUAUACUGAAUAUAUCAAACAUUAGGAACGCCUUCCUAAUAUUGAGUUGGACCCCCCCCUUUUACUGACAGCCUAAAUUCGUCGGGGCAUGGACUCUACAAGGUGUUGAAAGCGUUUCACAGGGAUGCUGGCCCAUGUUGACUCCAAUGCUUCCCACAGUUGUGUCAAGAUGGCUGGAUUUCAUUUGGGUGGUGGACCAUUCUUGAUACACACGGGAAACUGUUGAGUGUGAAAAACCCAGCAGCGUUGCAGUUCUUGACACAAACCAGUGUGCCUGCCACUACCAUACACCGUUCAAAGGCACUUAAAUGUUUUUGUCUUGCCCAUUCACAAUCUGAAUGGCACACAAAUACAAGCCAUGUCUCAAUUGUCUCCAGGCUUAAAACUUCUUAUUUAAUCUCCUCCCCUUCAUCUACACAGAUUUGAAGUGGAUUUAAAAGUAACAUCAAUAAGGGAUCAUAGCGUUCACCUUCAUUCACCUGGUCAGUUUAUGUCAUGGAAAGAGUAGGUGUUCUUAAUGUUUUGUGUACUAAUUGUAUAUGUGCUUCUGAUACAGUAUUUUAAAAGCGACUUUAUAGCGCGGUGUCAGAUGAUAAAGUAUUUUCCAUGUUUUGUUAUCAUAGUUUGUCAAUUGAUUUUAUAAUAAAACUAAGAUAUACCUAUUUUAGAUUCACAUCUUAAAAAAGGAAAAGGUCUUUGAGGCUUUCUAUACCUUCUUUUCCCAUGUUUUGUAUGAAACAUUACUCUGCUAUCAUUUGGUCAAAUACAUGUUUACCUUUGGGAGAAAUGAGAUGAGCACAGGUCUACCUAGUCAAGUCCAGGUUGUAUCAAGCCUGUACUGGCAUGAGAUGAGACUCGUCACUCUUCUCCUCUCAUCUCUCUUCUUUUCCCCCUACGGUGUGUGCAGCUCACUGCUGAGCGUGUCUCAAUCCCAUGUGUAGCAAAGUGUCCGAGAUGAGUGAGGGAGCCAGGAAACUGUCAGUGCUGGCGCUCCCCUCUGCCCGUCUGGACAUCUGCUGCACCUGUCUCAGUCACCAGCCCUGCUGGCACCGCCACAGAGUGGCCUGGCGCUGGCCAUGGUGUGAACACGGUCUGUCUCCCUCUCCUAAGUAAACUUUAUACAUUACAAACAUCUUAUAGUUGGUUGUCCUGAUGGAUACUUGCUAGCAAUAUAAUGCAGGCAGUGACAUGUGUAUACAUUACCAGUCAAAAGUUUGGACACACCUACUUAUUUAAGGGUUUUUCUACAUUGUAGAAUAGUGAAGACAUCAAACUAUGAAAUAACACAUAUGGAAUCAUGUAGUAACCAAAAAAAUGUUAAACAAAUCAAAAUAUAUUUGAGAUGUGAGAUUCUUCAAAGUAGCCACCCUUUGCCUUGAUGACAGCUUUGCACACUCUUGGCAUUCUCUCAACCAGCUUCAUGAGGUAGUCAUCUGGAAUGCAUUUCAAUUAACAGGUGUGCCUUUUUAAAAGUGAAUUUGUGGAAUUUCUUUCCUUAAUGCGUUUAAGCCAAUCAGUUGUUGUGACAAGGUAAGAGUGGUAUACAGAAGAUAGUCCUAUUUGGUAAAAGACCAAGUACAUAUUAUGGCAAGAACAGCUCAAAUAACCAAAGAAAAACGACAGACCAUCAUUACUUUAAGACAUGAAGGUCAGUCGAUCCAGAACAUUUUAAGAACUUUUAAAGUUUCUUCAAGUGCAGUCGCAAAAACCAUCAAUCGCUGUGAGGAAACUGGCUUUCAUGUGGACCGCCACAGGAAAGGAAGACCCAGAGUUACCUCUGCUGCAGAGGACAAGUUCAUUAGAGUUACCAGCCUCAGAAAUUGCAGCCCAAAUAAAUGCUUCACAGAGUUCAAGUAACAGACGAAUCUCAACAUCAACUGUUCAGAGGAGACUGCGUGAUUCAGACCUUCAUGGUUGAAUUGCUACAAAGAAACCGAUACUAAAGGACACCAAUAAGAAGAAGAGACUUGAUUGGGCCAAGAAACAUGAACAAUGGACAUUAGACCGGUAGAAAUCUGUCCUUGGUCUGAUGAGUCCAAAUUUGAGAUUUCUGGUUCCAACCCCUGUGCCGUUGUGAGACGCAGAGUAGGUGAACACAUGCUCUCCGCAUGUGUAGUUCCCACCGUGAAGCAUGGAGGAGGAGGUGUGAUUGUGUGGGGGAGCUUUUUUGUUUUUUUCUCAUUCUGGUGUUUUUUAUGCUCAGAAUUUGCUUAGAACUGCAUCAAAACCUCAGGAAAGGCGGCAGGGUAUUCAUGCAUUUCUUUCCAUCGACUCAAAUCCAUAAAAAAAUAAUCUAAACUCAUUGACGCAUGGCCUUUUCUGAAUCUAGUCACUGUUAAUGAACAGGGUCAGCAUAGGUGUCGCUGCUUUGCCUAGCUUUUGAUGCAUUGAGCCGAUUUUCAUAUUAUGCGUAUUGCCUAAAUGUGUGUGUAUUGCCUGGAAACAUUUGGGCGAGUCUGCAUAAUUUGUCACUCGCAUCCCUUGAACUGAACAAAGCUAGAUAGUAAAAAUAACCUGACAAAUGGACACUACUAUACUGCACCCCUAAAAUUUUCCAAGUUGGAAUAAUGAAACGGACGUGCCAUUUGGAGGGUUCGAAGAGUGGAUCCUCAACUGUAAUUACAUUUAUGACGAGACUGAGGCAGCAUACAAGACGUGACUUUAUUCAUGACAGGCAAGGCAACGACCAUCUCCCUCACUGCUAGCUGUAGGGCAUGCGAACAGUGAGUACUGGACUGUCCACUUGUCUGAAACAUCAUUACCAAUUAAUACUUACCCUGACUUUUACACAUCUUGGUCAUUUACUUUUGCUUUGUGGCCGUAUUGAGAAUGGAGCUUCUCCUGCCACUCGGUGCGGGCCUGAACCUUGGCUUCAACAAGAUAGAUGCAACUAACUACAGUACACUACAACCAUUGUAUGUGCGUGGCUUCCCUGCUGUGUGCAUGCAGAAUAAAAUAAUGAACAUGGGGUCCUGCCUUCUACAACACUGUCAUACAGAGGUUCAGCAGACGAAUGGACUUAAUUUACAAGGUAGGCCUAAAUGCAUUUUUCUUUGCAAUUUGCAGGUUAGGCUUUUGUUGACUCAUGAGAAGAAUAGACAACAUCCCUUUGAAUGCAUUUGAUUUAUCAAGCUAGAAUUUAGUUUUGAUGAGCCACUUUUUACGUUUUGAACUGCAUUUUCAGGCAAAUUUUUUAAGAACCUUAUUUAUUAUAUGUGUGUAAUAAUAUUUCACAUAAUAAUGUGUGAAUGAGUGAGUAAUCACCUCGGUUAUGCCCCGGACACCUGCCCAGUGUUUAACGACCCAGAGGUCAAGGUCAGUGCCACCUAUCAGUUGUAACUGUGGAUGCUACAUGUUCUAUGGCUGAGCUGAGCAGUGUGUCAUUUUGUCGGAUGAUAUGAAAUAUCCCACCAUCAGAGGCUAUUGCUCGUGUAUCUUGGCUACAUUGGUAUUUACAUUUGGUGAAAAUUGUUUGUUAAUUUCGGUUAAUAGCGUAUGUCACUCUGGUUGUUCGAUCUACUGUAUCUGUUGUAUGGUGAUCUUGGGCUUCAUCAAGGUUUAUUUGUGAGUAUAUCUGACUUUGAUAAUAGUCGGUGUUUAUCCAGCCACUGACCUCACUGAGCGCAAGGUCAAGUCAGAGUGAAAUGUUCAUUUGUAAAUUGUGUUUGUGUGUGCCCCUGGCUAUCCGUAAAUAAAAAAAGAACAUUGUG